AUGUAUCUUCUUAAGCAUGAAGUCGUCGAAUCUCCUGCGACUCUAGAGUUGGAACAUAAAUUGCCUAUAUCUGCAACUGAGCACAUUACUUUAGAACAAUUGGGGACUAAAAGCAAAACCUUUCAGAUCUUGGAGCCAGACCGAGUAUUUGAGUCGGAGGCGACCAAAGUCGGUGUGAUAUCUGGUUCAUAUGUCCCUCUUGAGGAACUUGAAACUAUCCCAUUGGAUGCAAGAAGAGAAGAUAUAAACUUUUUUGCUCAGCGUUCGAAUAUAUUUCGAUAUAAAUUAUCCUCAUGUGGUGAACAUGCCGUACCUGAUGAAGCCGCAAGGCCCUUAUCAUCGGGCUUAAUUGGUCAAAAGUUUGAAGAGGAUUCUAUCAGAUGUUUUCCUCAUGAUUCUUCCAGUCACUUUUCUCAUGAAAAUGAAGUUCUUAGCCACAUUAUCGAGCAUGAAUCUGGUUCAUCUCGUAGCAUCCCUGAGCUUGAAGCAACAGGUCAUUUACAACUUCCUGUCACGCAGUCUCUCGAAAUGAGCAUCAUUGAGGUUCAUAAUGAAAAUAUGGGCACACAUGCUUCUGGCCAGCAGGAAUAUGAAUCGAAUGGCCUUCAUCUUGGGCUCAUUGGUGACGCUACCUGUCGCCUAGAGCAUAUUAAAGCACAAACAGAAGAAGCCUGCAUAGAUAAUUUUGAAUACUCUAUGUCUAAAUCAGAACAAGGUUUGUUUAUUGGAAUGCACGUAGGCCUAACACAUUCAGAAAGACUUCCUAUAGAAACUAUUAGACCUGUUUUAAGUCCAUUUCCUGAUGAAAUGUCCAUCUUGGACAGUCAUAUUUGUGAAAGUUAUUUGGAUCAAGAAGAGGGUGAGAACCAAUCUUUUGGAGGAUUAUCAGAUGCCGAUAAUACAGUCGUUGCUUAUGAUGAACUAGGACGUCCAGCUGUGAUGGCAUUUUUGCCUCCUAGCCCCGCAGAAUAUACACGAGAAACUCAUUUGACAGAUGACUACGAAAACAUUUCCUGUGCCGCUGUUACAGUCCCGGUAGAUAUGGAUCACGAUAAUACUACUGGUGUUUAUGAAUCCCCUAUUGUAGUUGAAGCACCUUCUUGCUUGGUCCCUGCAUGCGGUUCUGAAAAUUUCGCCUACGGUUUCGAUUUAGUUAGUUCCGACAAUCAUAUCUCGUUGCUUCCACCCUUAGACUCAAAAGACUCAAUAAUAGAUCACAAAGUAGGCUUGACUUCAAAUAAUAAACAGGAUAGCUCGCCUUUAGCCCUUUCUGUUGGACUCGUAGCCUACGGAAGCCCUGAAGAG